GUUUGUCUGCUUUUUCCUUUUUCUUUUCUAUUUUCUUUUCAUCUGAAAUGUGAGGAAUUUAUGAGGCUGUAGAGCUUCAUUGUGGCUGUGUAUCAAGAAAAAAAAAAAGUUUUGUGCGGUUCCGUUCUCUGGCUUGCCUAGCAGAAAUAGGAGAUCCUCCUGUGGUGGCUCUGGAACUUGUCAUUACGUAGAUUCUUCGCCGGCGGAGAAGUUGAUCUUGAAUUUGGGAUCUCUGUUUUAUUUCGGGAACCAUCGAAAUGAGUUUCUGAGCCAUGAUGUUGACGGUCGAGGUGCGAGAGUGCAGUAAAAGUUGGAGAACUUCUCCGAAUGUUGGUUGCGAAUUUCGUGGCUUUCAUGCAACUCAAAAUCAAAAGUAAAUAAAAAAUGGAGGGUUCUUCAGGGUCUGGUUGGCAGAAGUCUGACAGUUCUAGGGCAUUAAACACUUCUGGAGUCUCAGACAGGAACCUGAGGCUUCUUUGUCCUGAAAAAAACACCAUUUCUGGUGAGGCGUCACAGGAUUCAGGUUUUAGAAAAGAAAGAGACCGAAUAGGGUUGGCCAGGGUUGCGAAGAUGUGUCAGUUAAUCUUUUGUUCCCUCUAUAGAAUGGGGUGAUAUUAGCUUGAGACAAUGGUUAGACAAACCCGACCGGUCUGUGGAUGUAUAUGAAUGUUUGCACAUUUUUAGGCAAAUUGUAGAAAUUGUUAAUAUCGCGCAUUCUCAAGGAAUUGUUGUUCAUAACGUGAGGCCCUCCUGCUUUGUCAUGUCGUCUUUCAACCAUGUCUCCUUCAUCGAGUCAGCAUCCUGUUCUGAUUCUGGCUCAGAUUCUGUAGAAGAUGGAUUAAACAGCAAAGCGGAUGAGAUUAAAACACAAACACCUCUCCUUCCUCAUGGUGUGCAUCAGACAAGAAGUUUAGGGAGUGAAGAUAAUGUGCCUGUCAGGACUUCAAUAUCUGCUUUGUCAGAGUCUAGUUGCAUGCUGUCCAGUGCAGUAUAUGCAGCCCGCGCAUCUUUAAUUGAAGAUACUGAAGAAAAUAAAACCAGAGACAGGAGAAAAGGUGAAGAAGUAGAAGGAAAGAAGGAAUCUUUUCCAAUGAAACAAAUACUAUUAAUGGAGACAAGUUGGUACACUAGUCCUGAAGAGGUAGCUGAUGCUCCAAGUACGUGUGCUUCUGACAUCUACCGAUUGGGGGUUCUCCUAUUUGAGCUAUUCUGUCCACUCAGCUCAAGAGAAGAAAAGAGCAGAACCAUGUCUAGCCUUAGACAUAGAGUUCUUCCUCCAAUGUUGCUUUUGAAGUGGCCUAAAGAAGCUUCAUUUUGUUUGUGGUUACUACAUCCUGAGCCUAGCUGUCGUCCGACGCUAGGGGAGUUGUUGCAAAGUGACUUCCUUAAUGAGCAGAGAGAUCAUAUGGAAGAACGUGAGGCAGCGAUAGAGCUUAGAGAAAGGAUUGACGAACAAGAGUUAUUACUGGAGUUCCUCUUGUUAGUUCAACAAAGGAAACAAGAAGCGGCUGAAAAGCUGCAACAUACUGUUUCUUUUCUUUGUUCCGAUAUUGAAGAAGUCACCAAGCAGCAGGAGAGAUUUAAAGAAGUUGCUGGCUCUGAACUAGGAAGUAAUAAUCAUUCAGCACCAAGUUUCCCAUCCAUGACUGGCAUUAAUAGUGAGGAUUCUGCUUGUCCGGGUACCAGAAAACGAGUCAGGCCAAGGCUACUUGUUGACAACAUUGAGGAAUGUGAUGAUAACAUAGGUGAUGAUCAGAAAAAUUAUGGAAGUGUUCUUUCGAAAAGUUCCCGGCUAAUGAAGAACUUCAAGAAAUUAGAGUCAGCAUACUUUCUAACACGAUGCAGACCAUCACACUCAUCAGGAAAACCAAUGGUUAGACAUUCACCUUUAAGUGCCGAUGGUAGAGGCUCCUUUGUCAUGUCAGAAAGAAGCUGCAUCAAUAACUUGACAUCUAAAGAGCACUGCAGGGACAGUAGAAGUGCUUGGAUAAAUCCUUUCCUUGAGGGUUUGUGCAAGUAUUUAUCAUUUAGUAAGCUCAAGGUUAAGGCUGACUUGAAGCAAGGAGAUCUUUUGCAUUCCUCCAAUCUAGUAUGCUCACUCAGUUUUGAUCGUGAUGGAGAAUUUUUUGCUACUGCUGGAGUCAACAAGAAAAUCAAAAUUUUUGAAUGUGACUCAAUCAUAAAUGAGUGUCGUGAUAUCCACUAUCCAGUAGUGGAGAUGGGUAGCAGGUCAAAAUUGAGUAGUAUAUGUUGGAAUACUUAUAUCAAAAGUCAAAUUGCUUCAAGUAACUUUGAAGGUGUUGUUCAGUUAUGGGAUGUGACAAGAAGUCAAGUGCUAUCUGAAAUGAAGGAGCACGAGAAGCGGGCGUGGUCCGUUGAUUUCUCAUCAGCAGACCCUACAAUGCUGGCAAGCGGGAGUGAUGAUGGUUCUGUUAAGCUAUGGAGUAUCAAUCAGGGAGUUAGUAUUGGCACCAUCAAAACAAAGGCAAAUGUGUGCUGUGUUCAGUUUCCUCUGGAUUCUGGUCGAUUCCUUGCAUUUGGUUCAGCAGAUCAUCAAAUAUAUUACUAUGAUCUCCGCAGCCUGAAGAUGCCUCUCUGUACAUUAGUUGGACACAAUAAGACCGUGAGCUAUAUCAAAUUUGUAGACACCAUGAACCUGGUCUCAGCUUCUACAGACAACACUCUGAAGCUUUGGGAUUUGUCAAUGUGCACUUCUCGCGUAAUAGACACACCAAUUCAAUCAUUUACGGGUCACACAAAUGUGAAGAACUUUGUGGGAUUGUCAGUAGCUGAUGGUUACAUUGCUACCGGUUCGGAGACAAAUGAGGUUUUCAUUUACCACAAGGCAUUUCCCAUGCCGGCAUUGUCAUUCAAGUUCCAGAUCACAGACCCACUUUCUGGUCAUGAAGUGGAUGACACUUCACAGUUCAUCUCUUCGGUUUGCUGGCGCGGCCAAUCGACCACCUUACUCGCAGCAAAUUCCACCGGGAAUGUCAAAAUUCUGGAGAUGGUUUAGUCAACAGUCUUUUGAAAUGGCAAAUUGUUGGUGUACAUCCAAUUUCUGAAACAAAGGCUAUAGAAGAGGGAUAUAUACAGAUUCUGUUAUUUACUUUUAAGUUGUAACAUAACAAAUUUUUGCAUAAGAUCAUAGCGGAAGCAGUCACAGAAGAGUGAGAUUGAUCUUGUUAUAAGAUUUCGUGUAGAUAAAAAUUCUAUAUUAAUGAGAAGAAAAAGUGGAAAUAUUUAGAUUUUAGUAUCA